AUGCUCCGUAAAGAGUUAUCAAAGUCUAAGCACUCCUCUCAGCAAGAUGAAAAUGAGGAAAUUAUAGUAAGAAAUAAGGAUGUAACGCUCUUCAUGCUUCGUGCUCGAAUGAACGACCAAUCUUUAUCUCCUGCUUCUCGACGUGAGGCUCGCCGUGAGCUUCUUCUUAAAAUGGGUGCUAAACCUCCCAAAAGGCCGGUUAUUAACUAUCGAAUUCUUCAAGAGAAGAAGAGGCAGGAAAAGGAAGAGCACAAAAAUGAUUUUAGAGGUGAAAAGAGUAAACAAAAGAUUUUGGAGCGAAUGUCCGGUUUUGGUCUUCUGGACAAACAUUAUCGUCGUCAAGCUGAACGACAAGAGAGAAGCUUGAAAAAAGUCUAUCAGAGAAGUCGCCCUCGUCAGGGCGAAUCACAACGUCUUCAGAUCCUCCAGUGGAAUGCUGGAGGAAUGUCUCCGGACAAAACGAUCCAAGUCCAGAAAAUCCUACAAACCAAUGAUGUAGACCUUUUCACAAUUAUGGAAGCAAACAUUUCGGAUGACAAACUGAAGUACUACCAAUUCCCAGAUUACACCCCGUACCUUCUAUCUAAAUACCGGCAAGUUGCAAGUGGAAUUCUAACUGGAGAAAAAGAAGGCCUCACCUCACACUACGAUCUAAUCAAGAGUAUGGGCUCGACACAAGACAAAUGUGAAAUAAUCAGAUUAAAUGUUUGGAAAUGUCAAAACCACUUCAAGUCUAUAAUCCACCCUAGAAUUGUCCCAAUUUUCACUUUCUGA